AUGAGCACAAUGCGAGUCUGUGAUUGGUCGAUUGAAGAAGAAAUUAUCCUCACACGCUCCUUUCCCUAUGGUGUGGUGGUCGACAUUUGCGCAAACUUCUGCAUCGAGAGGAGUUUUCAUUGCUUUGCGUGGCGUGUAAUGGUGGAGGAGUACGAGGACGACUUUGAUCGAUUCUGUCGUAUUGGAAUGGGGACGGGUAGUGAGUACUCACCCGUUCGGCCCACUCAUCGAGACUUUCUUGCCGCCCCCACCGAAAUCAACCGAAACCGUGCUGGCAGCCUUCGAGAGACACGAUACAGACAGCAUCACCGCAAUGAUCAUCCUGCAAUGCGGGGGAGAUUUGAAAGAACUACCACUACUGAUGAUUUCGGUAUGCAGGGUGACUCCGUGUACAAUCUACGGCGAUAUUCACUUGCACCCAGUUUUCAGAACCUGCGUACUCGCGGAUCCCUCCAUUAUCCCAGUGAAGACAUCUCAGAUGAUCGCUCCAACUCCGCUCGUCCCUUUACACCGACAAGACAGACCUCUCCUCUACCACGAAACGGCAGUUCCGGAGGGGUUUGUCCCCCUCCGAUUAACGUCUACCAUGAGGUUGACUCUCCCGGUCACCAUAGCACCAACGUGGUCCGAGUGCGUUCCUUUAGACGCACGAAGACGGGAGUUAUAGAUGAGACGGAAAAGAAACGGCGACUUUCACAGGAAUUUUCAUUACCAGCUCGAAAGACGAGCAAGACGAGAAGUCUGAAGGCUCCUUCUGGCGAGUUAAGACUCUCUGAUCGGUGUGAGACAGCAAGGUCGAUUCGGAGACGAUCCUUUACGGACAACUCCUGGAAAGGCAACAACAUCAACAACAGUGCUACAAAUGUCAACAAUAGCAAUGUUGCCUCUGAAGCCUCAGAAGUUGAAAAUGGACCACUGGGACAGGUGGCCGAACCCUACAAGGUGCAGGUGCUUGGCGCUGACCAAGUGGGCAAAACCACAAUGUGCACUCAGUUUCUCACCUCGGAAUCGUUGGAAGCAGGAUAUGACACCGGUAAGUCAAUCUUUGUCUGUAUCUAG